AUGGUCGAUGCCAAGUUCAUCGAUGGAAAGAUCAGGAUUGGCUAUGGCAGGAAAAGUGGAUAUGGUGGUUACAGUGGAGCGAUCGCUGAGCAUCCUGGGGUUCGAGUAUUCGACUUGUCAUUGAGUGAAGAUCAUACAACAUUUGUUUGGGAAACUAGCAUGUCUUACGAGAACGGGACAGAGAUUACCCAGGAGAUGGACGAUAUUCUGGUUGAUCCAGGCAACUUUCAAGCCUCUGAGUACUGCAGUGGCAUGAGGAAGUCAUUCGUCGAAACGCUUGAACUUUGA